AUCAAGGACUGGAAACAUUGGGUGGGAAUAAUUUUGCUUAGCUUCAUCUUUUUCGUUUUGUUUUUCCUUUUUAUCGUCUCAUCUCCUUGAAAUAGCCUAUCUCUAAUGUCUCUACUCUUGUCCACAUGGGGUCGCCAGGAUGUUAAGGAUGAUACAACAAGGGCAUUUGAUUUUUGAUCAAACCUUGUGCAUAGGCUGUCCUGGCAUGUAACUAGUGUUUGCGGAAGUGUGCCAGAAAUACGGUGCGUUUUGAUAGACGUCUGUUUCCAGCAACAAGGAAAAAUCAUGCCUCCCAAAGACCCGCUGCUUGCCACGCUGAAAGUGUGUAUCUUGAGCCUCCAGUCAGAUGCGGCUGCCAUCACCGAUGCCAGUACUCAGCUCUCCUCCUGCUGCCAGUUGCUGGAGCUCAUAUUUCGUAAAGGGCUGCAGCAGCCGGUCCUGGGGUUUGUGCGCAGGGAUUACUGGCAUUGUGUGGAGCAGCUCCUCCAACAGGACACCUGCAGCGGGUUGAGUCCUCUCUCUUUGGCAGUGGAGCGGACAUCCGGCUGCAGGAAGCUGCUGACCGCUCAGGGCAGGGGACGCUUCUUCCUGAGGCUGGCGCUCAGCCGGAGGAUUUUGGGAAGUGUCGUCCAGCACAUGUUGCACACUCCCAAGGUGUUAGAGUGGUACAGUGCUGCCAUUUCCAUCUUUAGGAAUGAGGAGCUUGUGGAACCUUUCCUGUCUCUAUUGCUGGUCCUGUCAGAGAUGGAUUUCAAACUCAACAUUGAGAACUGCAGCUUCUUGGAUGAGAGUUGGCUUUUGCCAGUGUGUGAGGUGUACGAGGCAGUGCCAUGCCGGGAAUUGGGGAUGGUGCUUAGGUACCUCGGUGGUCGUGUCUUUGUGUUGGAUCUAAUAGAGGGCAGCCAAGCCCAGGUAGACAGGUGUGCUCAACCAGGUGAUGUCAUUGAUGAGAUCAAUGGGAUAUCCCUAAGAAACGCCAGCAAUGGACAGGCAGGUGUGGUGCUGGCAAGGUUGAAGGGUCGCCCGUUGUCUCUGCGUUUGCUUCGAUGGAGGCAAGAGGACGGGACAGUGUACACACCCUUGGUAAAACUCCUGCAAGCCCUCCAGCAAGAGAACCCGUCCCUGAAACUGAGCCCAACCCAAAUGCCCCACCAACAAGGCUGUGACGGCCACCAGCAGGGACAGUCACAGUGCCUUAAAGAGGGCAGGAUUGUGUACAUUGUGCAAUACCUUGGAAAGGCAAACAUUGGAAUGUAUGGGGGUAAAGAAGUUCUGCAGCAGGGUAUUCCUCUGGUCCUGGAGAAGAAACACCCCAGUAAGACAGUACUGUUUGAUCUGAAAGAAACUCACUUGACCUGCACUGAAAAAUCAAACAAGCAAGAACUUUUCCAGCAUCACUACCCAGAGAUUUCAUGUGUGGGAAGAUACAGUCGGCCAGACUACACCAUCUUUGCCUUCUGUGUGGCAGACUGCCCGGAGACCCCUGAAUCAAAUGGCUUCUGCUGUGUGGUUCUGCAAGCUGGCUCUGCCAGGGAGUGUGAAGACAUUGUCAGCCGUAUUGCCACUGGUUUCAAGCACACAGAGUGGUUUGUGUGACUCCACCUUCCAGGAUUCUGCCAGUCCGGCCAAUGAUCAGUGACCUUAUGCAUUCCAUUUGGGGCCCCUCAGGAAUCUGGUCCACUUUAUUGAAGAUCUUUGAAAUAUUUUGAGUAGUAGCAGACACCUCUUGAAAUCAUGUGCAGUUUUGCUGGACUCAUACAUUGGAUGUUCAUUUACUGUGUUCAGCACGUUACCAUUCUAUUUUACUGGACAGAAACCUUAAAAGGAGGCAUUCCAGAUGUUAAUCAUUCCAGUUUACAAAAUUGACCUAACCAUUGAUACAGUGCUCACCAUCGGCUCUUUACAAAGUCAGUAUUGUAUUGAGGAAUGAUGUGAAGAGGAUUCACCUUGUGUAGUUUUUUUCCCCCCAUUGUGAAUCAGUGUUAAUGUUAAUGGACAGUGUUUUUUUUGUGCAUUAGAACAUUGGUGCAUAUCAUAUGGCUUUCCAUGUUACCAUAUGAAAGAUGUGAUCCAAGCUUGUCCCACUGCUACAUGAAAGUCCCAUCAACAAUUAAGCUUAAUUUGUUCAAAAUUGUAAUAGCUCCAAAAACCUGUAACCACGUGUCAAUUGUUCUGUAAGCUAUGUGUGUGAUUAAAAUAUUUUUGUACCAAUUAA